ACGAAUGAUACGAAGUCUCAUGGCUGCGAAAGAAGGGUCGGAAGAAAAAGAAGAAGAGGAGGAUGAGGAGGAGGAAGAAUCGGCGCGACGCGGCGCCUUGCGCCGUAAAUCCUGUUACUCGGUGCCGACGAAGAGAGGCGCGCAGGUGUUGCCGAGCGAAGCGGACCGCGAAGAGAACCGAAAACACACCGUUUCAACAUCAGAGGAAAACUAUUCCAGCGAUCCGGGAACGGGCAGAGGGGGUCUGAUAACGGCCCCGAAGAGGAGCAGAUAAAAUUUGUGGCACGGCGGGAUGGAGGAGGAAGUUAAUGGCGGCUGAACGGCGGGGCAGGGUCACGAAAUUUGUGAGGGUUUUUUGUUAGAUUCAUUAGAAACGUACGAUUAGCCUGUAGCCCGAGCCGGUCGCCUCGUAAAAGUAAUCUAUAAUUGGCUCGUAAAACAAUAAACUCUAUUAAGCCCGGAUGUGCACGGAGGUUCCUCGAACAGCCGGCGUAAUGGCCGACGCGUACUUUAAUAACUAAUAACCGAUGAACGUGGCGUAAUCGGAACCCCUUGCACCCUGUUGGUCUGCCGUCUUAAUGCUGUCACGGUUGAUUCUAUGGGAUCCCAUGGAAAACGAGGAACAACGAACGAGAUUCCCUGAGACAAUGGUUCUGACAUUUUAGGAUACCUGAGGAUUGUUUGAUCUAUCCGUGACUAAUUUCUAUGGACACAGAAUGAUGGUUUUUAGAAAGUGUUUGGUUUAUACAGGAAGAAGACCCAUCUGGUAAUUGUUUAUGGCAAUAGAACUUAUUGGUAUGUUUCGUUUAUUUAAGAGAACUAAUCGAAAUUUCUGUCCAACGAUGAUCGAGGAUGGCUCGAAGCCGAAGAUAACUUGGAGCGAAUCUAAAAGCACUCGCAGUUCCUUCUUCCUUCUUCGAGAUAACCGUUGGCCUUCGCUCACUUUUCUCCGCUUUGUUGCAUGCCUGCCGAUACGAUCCAACGAUUCGGUCGAGACCUUAAGCAGCCGUUUGCACGGACCAUAGGAAGCUGAAGAGGGAACCGGAAUUUCAGCGAAGGCCGGCGUGACCUUAUACGAGGCUGCCUCGAUCUCUCGCGAUCAAUUAGAUCGCCGAUAAAGACGACACCGUUCCGGAAGCAACUUGUCAGCUUUUUGUUUAUUCCCCGUUCACUGUUCGCCGGUUAACGACUUUGAAAAUCCUUCUUCUUUUAGAAAUCACCUCCUCUUCUUUCGAAAUCCCCGGAAGAAAUUCCACGGCACGGUUCAAACGGACGCGUUAGCACCAUUUUGGAAAUCGUUCCUUAAAUUUAUCGAUGCAAUUAACCCUUGAAGAAGAAGAAUUUUUAAAGGAACAGUGUAUAAUUUAAAAUGAAAUUAAAAUUGGGGCUCUCUUCAUGGUCCGCCAUUCGAGGGUUAAGAAGCGAACACUUUCAGAACGUCAUUAGGGUGGAGUUGAUCGAAUCGAACCCCAUGAUCUUCGACCGAAAGUCAGCAAAAUCUAGCAACCCCCUCCAGACGAAGCUACCCAGCAACAAUUUAAUUAAUUCCUCGUUCUCCGCCGACAUGCCGGCAACGGGAUCAAACGGAUGAAGCGGAUGUCAGGCGAGGCAAAGCCGAGAAAACGACCUCCGAGUCGUUAUUACCUGUCCGACCGGCCGUUGGAAGCACGUCACUAGUCAGAGGAUCCCUCUGGAGCAGGUAGCACACGUGAACGUGGUUUUCGCGAGGGGGCAAUGGUGUCGGGCAACACUUGUCUCUUCGUGAAAAACUGGACGUUCCUGGUCUCUGACCAUCAGCGUCGCCAACCAGGGUAACUCUCCUUCUUCUAAGAAUGAGUAAACAAAAUAGAAAGAAAGUAAAGAAGUCAAAGAAAUCAUCCUGGGGGGAUAUAUCAGAAGAGGAAGAUACUACACAGAGUCUUAAUGUAUCUGUAAGCAAUACAGACUCUACAGUUGCAUCGUGUUGUAACCAAAACUCUAACGAGGCAAUACGACACAGAUUUGAUAAAUCUACUGAUACCUCAGAGUCAGAAGAAGACAAAAAAGAGUCAGUGUUUAAACAUUCAAAGCCAAACACUAGAAUGUUUUCCUGGUCUGACAAAAACCCAAAACCAGAAAUAGAUGAAGUGAUAUGCUUAGAUUCUGAUUCUUCCGAUGAGUUUAUGCCAAAAUCAGAACACUUUCAUCAUCAGCAAAUGAACAAAAAGUGCAAGACUUAUCAUAGAAAGCAAUUGGAGGAGAAAAGUGAAAGUAAAGAAGAUAUUUCACCUGAAGUAAUAAUGCAAUAUGAUAAUAUAAUAUCAGGGAUUAAAGUGAAGUUUCCUGUAAAACCAUACUCAUGUCAAAUGGCUGUGAUGAAUAAGGUCAUACAAGGAUGCACAAAAAGUGAAAACUGCCUUCUGGAGAGUCCAACAGGGACUGGAAAAACUUUGGCUCUUCUCUGCAGUGUUUUAGCAUGGCAUGAUCAUCAUAUUGCUCAAAUCGAGAAGGAAAACGGCACAAAAAUGGGCGGGGGUGAUGCUAAAUCACUAUAUAAUGAAGGAUGUAAUGAUUUGCAUGAAAUGGGCGGGAGUACAAGUUGUAUGGAUGAGAUGGAUUUGGAAGACUUAUGUUAUGACGCGAUAAAAAAAUAUUCGAAAAUUCCUAAAAUAUAUUAUGGCACUCGAACCCAUAAGCAAAUCGAGCAAGUUAUAAGGGAACUGCGAACAACAAGUUAUCGACACAAAAAAAUGACAAUUCUCAGCAGUCGGGAACAUACUUGUAUCCAGGAUUCGACGAGAAAUAAAACGGAACUCUGCAAGGACCUACUAGAUCCUGUUAAGCACAAAGGGUGUCCAUUUUAUACGGAGAAAAAGAAGGAUGAGCUUUCGAACUUCAACGAGUUGAGUGCUUGCGGUUUAGGCCCUGUAUGGGAUAUCGAAGAAUUAGUGGAGAUAGGUAAAGAAAGAGAAGUUUGUCCUUAUUUUACCGCCAGAGAUUUAAUGAAGCACGCAGAUAUUAUCUUCUGCCCCUACAAUUAUAUAAUCGAUCCCGAUAUCCGCGAAAGCAUGCAAUUAGACCUACAGAACGAAGUGAUCAUCCUCGACGAAGCUCACAACAUGGAGGACAUAUGUAGGGAAGUAGCCAGUGUGGAUUUUCGCGAUGAUCACAUGAUGGCCGCCGCAUUAGAAUGCGAAGCACUUUCGAAACAACGAGAAAUGGACUUUUCAGUCUAUAAUAGAUUGAAACAGUAUAUUACCAAAUUAGUGACAUUUAUGAAGAGCAUCACUCUUAACUUAGUCGGUAAAACCAGUGAGACUAAAUCCAGUCCAUACUGGACCGGCAAAGAAUUAUUAGAAUUAUUUGACAUGCAUGGACUUGGGGAAGAGGCGUAUCAUUCAUUUUUCGAAGCCAGCACAGCAGCAAUUACCGAUCUGAACAACAUGAAGGAGGAGGUACGGAUGACGAAAACAUCUCUGAAACCCGUCAUUUCUUCGAAUACGAAGUUGAUACUAGAACACCUCGUGUUCUCCAUGCGGACGAUCACUUCACCGAAGUACACGGAUGAUUACAGAGCUUGCAUAAUGGAGAACAUCGUAAAAGAUUAUACAUCUUUUCAGGCGAACGAGAAUUCGUGGCUACCAUCCAAUAAACAGGAACACACCGCGCGAACGUUGAAACUGAUCUGUAUGAAUCCAGGUGUGAUAUUCGCGCCGUUGUCCGAGAUGGCUCGCGCUAUAAUUCUUGUAUCAGGUACCCUCGCACCGAUCGAUUCUUUCCAAAGCGAAUUGGGCACAAAAUUCCCGCACGUGCUUAACGCGGGUCACGUGAUUUCAAAGGAUCAAAUAUACGCCACCUGUCUGUCACGAGGGCCCAAUGGAAUUGUACUCAAAGCAAACUAUCAAAACGUUAAUACUUGGAGCUUUCAGGAUGAAUUAGGCUCAUUGCUGCUGCAGAUCUGUGAAGCUGUACCUCACGGUAUUCUUUGUUUCUUUUCUUCGUACAACGUCCUAAAUAUACAUAUGCAGAGGUGGAAACACACCUCGGUUUGGAAUCAGAUCGGCAGGAUUAAAGAGGUGUUCGUAGAACCACGCUAUGGGGGUGAUCUCGGGGAUAUCAUGAGGGACUAUCGGCAGGUAAUAGAAGAUACAUCCGCUGGUCCAUCAGGGGGCAUCAGCGGCGCCUUGCUUUUAGCUGUUUUUCGAGGCAAAGUGGCAGAGGGAAUUGAUUUUAAGGACAACGAAUCUCGUUGCGUUUUAUCGAUAGGAAUACCGUACACGGUUCGAAAUGAUCCUAUCGUCGAUAUGAAGUAUAAGUAUAAUGACGCUAAUACCUCGAAAGGUUUGUUAUCCGGUUAUCAGUGGUAUUCUAUACAAGCAUUCAGAGCUUUAAAUCAAGCCUUAGGACGUUGUCUGAGACACGUUAAUGAUUGGGGAGCAGUGAUAUUAGUGGACGAAAGGUUUCUGAUGAAAUCAUAUAAAGAUAAUCUUCCAAAAUGGGUUAAAACAAUGAUGGUUCCAAGUAACUGUAAUCUUAAGGAAGAACUUCGUGAUUUCGUGGCACAACGGAAGAAGAACGAACGGAAAAGCUAGCCAAACCACAGUAGUUUAAUUUAAUUAAUAAUUUUUAAAUUAUGCUGCAAUCAUUUACUAUAAAAGAAUUUUAUAAAUAGUUUCUUAUUCAGUAAAAAUCAGUAUAAAUGUACAGAUAUCUAUUUUAAAUUUUAAGUGUAUCUCUCUUCUCUAUCGUUCUAAGCUGUUUCCUCUUUAUUUUUUUCAAUUUUGCAGUAUUUGUAAUCUAUAAAAAAACGUUAUAAUUAUUCAUAAUUCUAUUUCGUUAAAACUUUAUGUAACAUAUUACUUACAACUUGAACAAUUUCGCCCUUCUUGCGAUUCUCCUCAGCGCGCUUCAAAUUUUGUCUUCUCCUUUCUUUCUUAGCUUCCUUUUCUGCUUGUUUCUUUGCUUUGAUCUCCCUUGACAUUUCUUUAACACGUUUCAGGUCUUCUCUCAAUUUUUGCUUCUUCUCAAACGAUGAACGCAUGCCACGUGUUUUAACAAUAGACGAGAAUCUGUUUACAAAAUAGGAAAAUCAUAAAUUACAGAUGAUUCUCAAUACAUUUUGCAAGUUUUUAUUACGAACCGUGUUUUCUGUUCCUUCCAUAUUCUACCAGAUUUUGGUUUUCCCUUUGGAAUUAGUUGUUCUAAUUUUUCUUUUUUAGUCUUAACCUUCUUGGAUUCUAAACGUGGAAUACUUGUAUCAGUAACUGGAGAUACGUUCUUGAGUAUGUCUUCUACCCUCGUUACUUUUUCGUCUACUUCCCUCUGUUCACCCAUAAUGUGUACCUUAACGAUAAUACUAAUAAAUAAUCACUAAUUUUUGCAUGUAAACAAUUAACUUGAGUUAGGAAUUCACGUGGAUACUGAAGCCAUAUUGAAAA